GCUGAGCUAAACUAAUUGGUAAGUCACCAGCCGCGAGCAUCUUGCCAUUCUAUGGCUGCACUGGCGUAGGAAACGAUGGAGGAUUUCGGAACGGCCGCAGCUACCAAGGCUGCGUUACUUCUUAUUAUUGGAGAACCUGUAACUGAGGACCAUAAACAUUUAAUCCCGGAGGAAUUAGCUAAAGGAUUUCGCACUUGGGAUGUGGAAGCCGCUGGAGUAGACAUAAACGAGGAAGUCUCUCAGAUUGCCAACAAAGGUGCUUUGGGUGAAGAAGGUCCUUAUGUCAACUCUUUUGGACCCCCCAAUGCAGGUGAAAGAGUGCUGCGUUAUAGUUCUGUCACUUUGUCUGUGGAAGCAUUGAUAGCACCUCAAUCAACUACUGUGAAGAGGUCUUUGAAAAACUUCCUUGGAGCACCUGUUAAGUACCAUCACUUAAUAUAUGCAGGUCAUGUCUUGCAUGGCUCUGGAGAAUGGAUCUUGCAAGAUGCCCCGUUUUCCUUUGGCAAUUUUGCUGCAACAUUGAAGGAUCCUGAUGUUGAGAAUGCUUUAAAACAACAAGAGGAAGGUAUAUUAAAUAUUCAUUGUUUUGCAACUGGAGAAUGGAACAAUGCAAACCUCUCAAAGAUUGGAAGCAAAGUUCUUCAAAUUAAUUUGAACCCUGAGGAUAAACUUUCUGAUUUGACUGGUGUUUUGCAAUUUAGCACUUACCUGUGCAAUUAUGUGAAAUGUAGGUCUCUAAAAGAAAUGCUUCGAUCUUCUGAUGUUGUUGGUAAUAUCAGAUUCAGCAAACCAACCCUGUACGUGUUCCCUGGUUGCCAAGGAGACUCUGCCUUGUUUGGAAUUAGUGGUUUCAAUCUAUUAGUAAAUGGUGGCUACAACAAAAAGGCUUGUUUCUGGGAUUUCACUCGUCAUCUUGACCGCAUUGAUGCACUCUUGCUCACACACUUGGGUAUUGAUAACCUUUUUGGCAUUAAUUCAGUCUUACACCGUAAGAGCAUUGAAAAUGUGCACCCAGAGAUAGGCCAUGUUUACUUCAAUGCCCCAAAGGGUAACCGGAACUCGCAAGAUGAAUCAGAAUUGGACGGAAAACCAUCAGCAGAUAGUUUACUGAUAAAUCUUUCUAAUGAAGGAGAUAAAAUUACUGACUAUGUGCGACAAUUAAGACAAGUUGUUAACUCUUGUUCUCGACCUGCAACUUCUCCACAGAUUGAUCCAGUGAAUCUUUAUCAUAAAGUUGGCCAUGGAUCUCUGGAUAUGUACAUCUUGAAUCCUGUCCAAGACAGCAAAGAAUUAAAGGAAUUUUAUCAACAAUGGAGUAAACAAUCAAUUCAGGUGAAUGGUUCUCAAUGUCCACUCCCAAACAUGUUGUCCAUAUGUGCACUUUUAAUCUGGCGGCCAGCUGACCCAUUAGAAAAAAUUACUCGCAUAUUUUUCCCUGGGAAUGCUCCUCAACAUAAAAUCAUUGAAGGUCUUGAGAAAAUGAAGACCCUAAAUGUGUUGAAGUUUCCAAAGUGCUGUGAUAAAGAUCUGAAUGCCCCAAAAACUGCAGUAAAAAAAUCUGCACCAUUGAAAGCUACUAGGACUACUUCAAAACCAUUGGCUAGCAAGAGCGAACCAAUCAAACGUGAAGCUAGGGUUGAAGUGAAAUCAAGGACAUCGCUUAGCAAAACUACCAACAAGGGAUUGAAAGAUGACACUAAUAAAAAAACUAGCAAAGCAAAAGAAAAGGGUGAUAAACCAAAAUCAAGCAAUAGUGUCUCACCUAAAAUAUCGCCUCCCACUGAAGUGGCUCCUUCAGCUCAGUCUCCUUUGGAUGGUGUUCCUGCUAUUUCUGAACCAGCUGCACCUGUUGUCAAAAAAUCUCCUCCUGAUCUAGUCCAGAAAGAUUCUAAUCUACUUGUAGAUUUUGGCAAUACACCUGCAGCAGCUCCUACAUCCAGCCCUGCCUCAGAUCCUCUACUAGAUCUGAUUGGCCAUCCUUCAAUGAAAGCUGAAUCUGAACAAUCAAUGAAUGCAACAUCACCUUGUCUCAUGAACAACCAAUCACCUGAGCCUUUGCCAGACCCAACUCAUGUGGAAAGAGAUGCUACAGCUGAGCCUGAAGAUGACCAACUUAGCAGUAGAUUAAACAUGAAACAAAUGGAGGAUAUGGGUAUUUAUGAUGACAUGAUGAGUCAUGCUCAACGUUCUGAUGAUGCAAUUGAAGCUGAUAAGAUUGUAUCCUCUGGUUCUGAAGACAAAGGGUUUGAUGAAAUGGAAGAAGUUCAGCCAGAGUCACUACCAGAACCUGAUUUGGUUCUUGAGAGCCAGCCUAUUCAAUAUAAUGAUUCAAGGCUUGGGUUUUCUGGAAAUGAGUCAAGGGACAUAACUGCAGACCUUCUUUCAAAACCUAAAACUUUACCUGAAAGUGAGAUUACUUCAGAAACAGCUGCUCCAGUUGAAAUUAGUCCCGAGAGAGAACUUUCUCCUCCAUUGCCCAUGGAUUCUUGUAUGUCAACAUCUAUGUAUGGUAGUUUGAUGGAGCCAGCCUUGCCAUCACAGGCUGAGGUUUUGCAGAAUCUCCAAGAUGAUAUUUCAGAAGAAAAAACAAAAGAUGACUCAAUCUCAGAAGAUUGUUCUGAGAUUAAAGAGAACCAAUUAAUGCCGGAAUGUGAAGAAUUGUUGUCUGAGAAACCGCAAGAUCUCUUUCCAUCUGAUCAGCCUAGUUGUGAGGCUUCUGGGAGAUACUCUCCUGAACACCAGAAGCAUGAUGCUGGACUAGAAUCUCAAGAUUAUGAGAAAAAGCAAGAUGCUGAAGUUGAAGAUCAGUGCAAAGGUUCUGAGUCUCCCUCGUUUGAAGGUCAGCGCUCAGGUACUGAGUCUCCCUCAUUUGAAGGUCAGCGCUCAGGUACUGAGUCUCCCUCAUUUGAAGGUCAGUGCAAAGGUACUGAGUCUCCCUCGUUUGAAGGUCAGCGUGCUGGCACUGAGUCUCCCUCAUUUGAAGGUCAGCGUGCUGGCACUGAGUCUCCCUCGUUUGAAGGUCAGCGUGCUGGCACUGAGUCUCCCUCGUUUGAAGGUCAGCGUGCUGGCACUGAGUCUCCCUCGUUUGAAGGUCAGCGUGCUGGCACUGAGUCUCCCUCGUUUGAAGGUCAACGUGCUGGCACUGAGUCUCCCUCGUUUGAAGGUCAACGUGCUGGCACUGAGUCUCCCUCGUUUGAAGGUCAGUGCACAGCUACUGAAUCUUCAACAUUUGAAAAUCAGCGUAGAGGCACAGAGUCUCCAGAGAACCAGAGGGAGUACUCUGACACAGAAUCUCCAGAGUAUGAAAGAGAGCACUCUGGCACAGAAUCUCCAGAAUAUGAAAGGCAACAUGCUAGUGCUGAGUCGCCAAUGUAUGAAGAUGAGCAUGCCAGAAGUGAGUCCCCGGAAAGGGAACAUGCAAGUGAGGAAGCCUUAGGUCACAGGGAACAGCAUGACAUGGCAGACAGUCAAGAGGAACAAGAAAGCACAUCUGAUGACCAUUUGUCAGAUCGAAUCAGUCCAGAGAGUAAUCACGAAGAGAUGCAUCGUGAGACUGAGGAACUUGAACGUUACAGUCCUGAGGGUUAUGAGGCUGAACAAGACUUUGGUGCUGCCUCACGAAUGGAAUUUCACGAAAAAGAUGAAGACAAAGAAAACCAUGGUCCAAAAGGUAGUAUGCAUCAGUCUGAUAGUGGUACAGCCCUUGACCAGUGUGAUGAAGCAGACAAGCAAAUACAUGAAGACCAAAUUGAUGAUGAGGAAGAUGAAGAUUCUUCUGAAGUGGCUUCCCAACCUGAAACUAAUGAAAUGGCAAUGGACUGGGAUGAAAAAGAAAGAAGUCCUGAAGGCCAACACUUUGAAGAGCAACAAGAUCAUGUUGCAGCAGCAGUAGAACACAUGGCUGGUGCUAAAGAUCAUGUAUCUUCAAUACCAGCAGCUUUUGAAAAGGAUGAGACUCCUCAACGUGAGGGAGAAGCCAAAACAAUGGGACAACCUGUGGAUGUACAUCAAUCUCACAGUGGUGAGUUCUCUAGUGAAGAUGGAUUAACUGCUGAAAAAGAAUUUGAAGAUAGAGAUGAUACUGACUCUAUUGAUGGUGGUACACCUGAUGACGAAAAAGAUAUUGAUGAAUCUUAUGGUUCAUCUAAACAGUUGUCUGAACAAUCAGCUGCCACAUCUGGCUGGAAUACCAAUGCCAGCAACUUGUCACCACUUGCACCACCAUUUUCUCCAAGUAAUCAACAGUCUUUUGAUCCGUUUGGUCAACAAGGGAAUGUUUCUUAUAUGGGAGGACAAGCUGCUAAUUUUGAAGGCUUUAAUGCUGAUGCUAAACCAUUUGAACCUGCUGAUGAAUGGGGGAAGCCCAUGAAUCUCCCUAGCCCUCCACCACCUGAAUCGAAAAAGCCAAAUGGUGUAACUGCUGCAAGGAGCUCAACAACAACAAUGAAAUCUAGAACAACUCACUCAAAAUUAGAUUCUAAGACCACUGAUAAAAAGUUAGCUGACAACAAAAAGACUGAGACUAAGAAACCAACAACUUUAGGAAAAUCUAAACCUUUAACAGAACGAAAGACUGCAACAAGCAGCAAGCCUGAGAAGAGGUUGGCCAAUGGGGAUGCAGAUCUGAAGAGUAAACCAAAGACUUCGGCUACUAGCUUGGAUAAAAGAUCAUCUUCAGCAACUGCUGAGAAGAAACCUUUGACAAAAUCACGUCCCUUAUCUUCCACAGCAGUUAAACAAGAGAUCAAGACUACAAGCAGUGUUUUAAAAACGGAAUCAAAGACCAAACUGUCAGCAACCAAACGUCCGACUUCUACCACUAGUGGGAGCCGUACUUCUCCAGCCUCGAAACCUGCUCCUCCUUUACCCCCUCACACUACUUUCUAUGUAGACUUGACAUAUAUUCCUAACCAUGGUGAUCCAACAUCAAGUGAUAUUGAAUUCUUCAAGAGGAUUCGAGCCCGUUACUAUGUGCUAAGUGCCCUCUCGCCAAACCCUCAAAUAUUAAAUGCUCUUCUGGACGCCAAACAAACCUGGGAAGACAAAGAGCUGGAAGUUACAGUUAUUCCAACAUACGAUAAUGAAACAUUAAGACAUUGGAUGGGUUUACAUCGCGACCAAUUGACUGAUCUGAAGAUUGAUGUGGCCCCUUCUGCCAGCCGUUGCACAAUCCAGUUACAGGAUCACGAAACAAGUUGCUCAGCUUAUAGACUAGAGUUCUAGAUCAAGGAACUGCCCUUUCACUCUACUCACCUUUCUUCUCUCCUUAAACAUGGCUAAUGGACACAGUUUGUCUCCAUGAAAUUUCUCCCCACUUGUUUUCAUUCAAGCCCCUUUCCCCCCACCUCUUUGUGAACAAGUGAGACAAUUAAAAAAUUAUUAUUAUAACAAAGGCUUUUUUUUUAUUUCCAUUGCCUUUCAUUCCUCCCACUCUAACCUGUUUUGCUGAGAAGGAUCUAAGAAAUUUUUUCAGUGAGGGGUGUAUGGGAUGGAAUACGCUUUUCUUUUGAAAUGCUGUUUAAUUUCGGUAAAAUGUUUGGUUCUUUCUACUGUUAUCAGUGAGAAAGAUGAAAAUUACUCAGGCCGUUACUAAAUGCAGGAACCUGCAGUAAGGCCUACAUAAUUUUAAUAAUAAUAAUGAUAAUAGUCUUCAAGUCAAAAUGCUAUGUUGUCAUGUCUAUUGCUGAUCAAUAAGAACCUACCCCAUCCCCCGCUACUUUCCCUUGCAACCAAAUAUUAGACCCUGUCUCCUCCACACAUGUCCUGCAUUGGUGUCACAAUGGCUUUUUUGGCUGUCUAAAUCCACUGGCUGGAAAAUUUAAUAAACGCAUUAAAUUUAAAAAAAAAAAUUAUAGAAAGACAAAAAAAUAAAUAUUGACAAAUUUUGAAAAAUAUAUUAUUACUGAACAGUAAUAACACAAAAAAAUAAUGAAGAAUAAAAUGUUUAAGUAAAUUUAAUUCUGGACAAAGUGGUUUUUUUUUUUUUUUUUUUUUUUUUGGACGCUGUUUUAAAAUAUGAUAAUGAUAAUAAAAACAAAAUAAGGCUUUCAACUGUAUCAUGGAAAUCACAAUCCCAUGUCUUUGAUACAACCAGCUGUUAUUUAUUUAUUUUCUGUUUUUUUAUUUAUUUUUCCUCUAUUUUACCCUUGUAAUUUUUUUUUUGUUUUCCUUUUUUUGUUUUUCUUGUUUGCAAAAAAUGUCCUUUGCUGCCACCUACACUUGAUCCCAUCCCAACCCAGCUCCAUGCCCAACAUCUCUUCCUCUCAUCUUUCUUCACCACUGCUGCUAUGACUACACACAUACACUCAUGCAUGUGUUAACAGACCACUGCUUUUUCAUUUUAGUGUAGAAUAUUUCUCUUCUGCUAAACCAAAUUUCAUUCUGUGCUUCAUCUUCCAGAUUUUCUCUUUGCUUUUUAAUCUUUCUACCUCUCUAUAUAUCUGACCCCACUCCCUCUCUCUUUGAUGGCAAUCAUUACUGUUGGGCUUUCGUGUUUUUUGUCUUUUACUCCACAGCUAAGGUAGAAAUACAAUGCUGUCUCUGAAUAUUUUUUUACAAUACAAUCGAGAAAUUCAAUAAAUUGUGAUAUAAUUUCCUCUGUGUUGCUUGUCUAGGUUUAUUCUUAUAAUUUUUUUUUUAUUUAAUAAUAAUAAUAAUGCUCUUUUUGCCCCUGAAUAUAAAAUAAGUUAUUUUAUUGCAAUAUUGAGUUUGCAUUUGUGUAUCUUAAAUAUUUUCUAGUUGUUCUAACAUUGAAUUUAAUGUUUUAUGAGUUAACUGCAUAUUAAUUGUAACAUUACCUGGAGGUGCAGUUUUAAUUAAAACCGAAUUUAACUAAAACUGAAGUUUUUUGUUUCUCAUAGUUAGGAUUAUUGGUUCUUUAUACCAGAUUCACACAAGAAUGACUGCUCUUAUGUUAAAGCUAAUUCUAAUAUUAAAGUUCAUGAUGAUUAUCUUAAUAAUGAUGAUCCUAUUAUUUAAAAACGAUUGCGUUGAACAAUUACACUGAACAAAUUAAAAAUGUUUUCUUCUUCCACACUUUAAACUGAAACUUACAAGGAUGGGCAAAAUUAUUCACUUGCUUCAAGAGCAGCAAGAAAUAACUAGAGGUGAUGGGGAGCCCUGCUCAAGGAAAAAUAAAAGCAAAUCUGCUUUGAGCUUUUUAAUUAGCAAUAGUUUAAAAAAUAUAUUUUUUUAAAUGAUUAAACAAAUUUAAAUGUUAGAUUAUUUUCAGAGUUUACUAUUUUGUUUAUUUAAUAUUCUCUCUGCUUUCUUGCCGCUAAAUCUAUACUUUUGGAAUGUGUUGCUAUUUAUUGGACAGAAUUUUUCUGUUUUCCAAACUUUUUGAUUUCUUUACAUCAUUUAUUCUAUAUUUUAUCUUAUUUUGUAUUUUUAACAAAUUUUAAAAAAGUAUAUCUAUAUAUACAUUGUUGCUCUAAUGAAAUGAAAUAAUAAAAAUUUAAAAAAUCACAUGUAUGCUGGUAAGUAUGUGCACAGGUGUAAAAACACAUGCACACUUGAUUGGCUGAUAAAUUUCCUUUUACUAUUUUGCAUUCAAGAAAGACAACUACAGGUGGUCUCUUUCUGCUCUCUUUCUUUCUGUGCUCUCUCAUCUAUGUAUAUGCAUGAUUAUGUGUGGCUUAACUUGUGUGUUGUUUGCCUAGUAAAGAGCAGUGCCUUGGUCAAAUUGUGUUCACACUGCUUGCUAAAGAGCAGUUUCUCUAUAUAUAUACACACACAUACAAAACACAUAUGUUGCUCAUGUAAACCAACCUUUUCAGCUCACCAAUAAAGGAUUUUGCUCUCCUAUUUA